AUGUAUGAGCUGCCCCAGGCCAAUGGGAGAUGGUCCUCAUGGCCUGCCUCUAUUGGCUGCCUCGGACCACAUCGCAGACCCCAGUCCAGUAGGCGAGACGGGUGCGAUGGCGUCGGUAUCAAGCGUCACCGCCUCCUCCUAUCCCACUACACACAAACUCCAUCUACCUACCAGCCACAUAUCUCUCACAAUCAUCUCCAAACCCCAUCUUCUCAGCUACCAAACAAAACAUCUCCGCCCAAGUCACGAGAAACAAUCAUCAUCACGGCCGCUCCAUCCAUCCCUAGCCCCGGUAAUCACAAGCGCACUAGCGCCAUAUCCAAUCUUAGUCCCCGUCCUUACUCCCCGACAGCCACCACAAUCAUCACCGACCUAUCCUUCAACCAGGCAAAGAUCAGCCUCAUACCUGAAACACUGAAACUCGCGAAUGCCUGUACGACACGUGCUGAUCCCAGCCUCUCAACCCGGACACAAGACGUAAACGACAGCUAG